CCUGCGCAGUGCGGGCGGCGGGCAGCGCAGAGUGCGAGGCUCUUUUGUUCGGACGAGGGGAGGGCCGUCGGCUCGGGGCCUGCGGUACGCCGCUGCAAGCGAGCAAGCAAGCAAGCAAGCAAGCCAAGCGAGGGGGGCUCGAGCGCGCUCAGUCGGGGUGAUUGCAUUUGGGGGCACCACUCCCCCCCGUCCUCCAAGCUCGGCCCGAACAGCCGCGACGCGCCAGCAGCGCGCCACCGAUUCUCCCCGGGGAUCUUGGGCGCUGCUUUGAGCAGCGUCACCCUUUAAACCAGAAAGCUGGCGGGCACCAUGGGGAAGAAACAAAACAAGAAGAAAGUGGAGGAGGUUCUAGAAGAGGAGGAAGAGGAGUAUGUGGUAGAAAAAGUUCUCGAUCGAAGAGUGGUAAAGGGCAAAGUGGAAUACCUCCUCAAGUGGAAAGGAUUCUCAGAUGAGGAUAACACGUGGGAGCCAGAAGAGAACCUGGAUUGCCCUGACCUCAUUGCUGAGUUUCUGCAAUCACAGAAAACAGCACAUGAAACCGAUAAAAUCGAGGGAAGCAAACGCAAAGCAGAUUCGGAUUCAGAAGAUAAGGGAGAAGACAGCAAACCAAAGAAGAAGAAAGAAGAGGUGAGACUAGAAUCAGAAAAGCCACGAGGCUUUGCCCGAGGUUUGGAACCAGAGCGGAUUAUUGGAGCCACGGACUCCAGUGGAGAACUCAUGUUCCUGAUGAAAUGGAAGAACUCGGAUGAGGCUGACCUGGUUCCUGCUAAGGAAGCCAAUGUCAAGUGUCCACAGGUUGUUAUAUCCUUCUACGAGGAGAGGCUGACAUGGCAUUCCUACCCUUCUGAGGAUGAUGACAAAAAAGAUGACAAAAAUUAAUAACUUCUGAAUGCCAGCCCCUGUCACACCUGACUGUGGGUUUUAAGUGGGGAGGAAAGGAGUUAUACUUGUCUUGACACCGUAGAGGUGGCUUGAGAAGAUGUCCUUUGAAGAGCCAGUAUAGUUUGUGCCCUACAGCAGCCCAAGUGCUUUAAAGCCGUUCCAUGCUGUAUAGUUUGCACACCCAUCCCAGUGGAGGGGAAGGAGGUAAGUGUUUCAAGGCAACCCAUUCUGCACUCAGCUUAGAAAAGCAAGUGGCCUUCUAUGAAGGACAAAAUGUGCAGAAUGGGUGUGUGGGAGAGCAAAAAGCCACUGUAGAUCUUCAAAGAGCAUCUCCACAACCCACAGCCUUCUUCCCAAUAGUGUUAACUCUGCAUUUUCACAGCGUAGCAUGUGUGUAGUUUUGGCUAUUACUGGUGUAUUAUUUGGGGUGGGAGGGGAAGGGAGGGGAAGAAAGGAAAUGGGUAGGAUCAUUUUUGUUAAAAUUUGGGGCCUGAUUAGGGAAAUGGUGAAACAUUGGAAACAACUUAAUGAUUUAUUUGGCUCUAUGUCCAGAAUAUUUUAUCUUUUAAAAAAAAUGUCAUUGGCAAUAUAAAUGAGGACUAUUAGAGACUGUUUAAAAGCUGUGAAAGCCUGAAACUUAGCAGCCAAGGUGUUCCUUGCCUGAGCUUAAUAAUGUUCCCAGCAAAGGACUAAGCCAGUUAUUAAUUUACCAAAGCUGCCAAUCUGGGUGGAUACUGAUUAGGAAAGGCUAGAUUUUUAUUGGGUUUACACACAGACAGAUCAUUCUGUCUGUGAGGUGCUAAUUCUUCAAAUUGACAAGAAAAUAACAAAUUUUUUUUUUUUAGUUAAGUUACAUCAGUUCAUCCAUCCAAGCCCUACUCCCCUGAGGUCUCUGAGGAAGGGAAGAGGGUGAUUUAGGAGGUGGGAGAGAGACUAAGGAAGAACAAGGGCCCAAGCUCUUAGGUUGGAAAACUCUUGGAGCCUCAAAUUUUAGACUCUGCAAUUCUUGGUCCAGGGUUCCUUCACUGACAGCACAAAUUCACUGAGUCACUUCAAGAGUUCUAUGACUACAAAAGCCCUGAUCUCAGGAGAAGAUUAAACUUUCAUACUGGGGCAGUGUUUCACUUUAAGACACAAAACAAUACAAAUGUUUUUUUAAUCCUAAGAAUGAACUAAAACCCAAAAUGCUGUCUUGAAUCAUGAGAUCCAUCAGUUCUUGGCAUCAUCUAGACCUACAUCUAGAACUCCAUUGUAAAAUCUUUGUAGGCAUGUGUUAGGUUUCUGUGAAAACUGUUUAAAUGUAAACUUCAUACCAUACUGUCAUUUUUUUGUCUUAAUAAAAUUAUAGAUUUAUAACCUUUGA